AUGCAAAUAAGCACGGAACAAGAUGGAAUACCACAAAAAGCCAUAGACGGUAGCACGAGUGCUUUUUUCAAUUUAGACACAUGCACGUUAACGAGACCGGAAAGAUCACCAUGGUGGUACGUCAACCUUCUCGAACCUUACAUGGUUCAGUUGGUACGAUUAGAUUUUGGAAAACGUUGCUGCGGUAAAAAUCAACCGGCAACGAUUGUGGUGAGAGUUGGUAACAAUCGGCCCGAUCUUGGUACGAAUCCCAUAUGUAAUAGAUUUACCGGUCACUUGGAAGAAGGAAAACCAUUGUUCCUUCCGUGUAAUCCGCCAAUGCCCGGUGCAUUCGUCAGCGUUCAUUUAGAGGGUCCCACGGCAAGUCAGUUGUCCAUUUGUGAAGCGUUCGUAUACACCGAUCAGGCAUUACCGAUCGAACGUUGUCCUCAAUUUAGAGAUCAACCACCCGGUAGUACGGCGACUUACAAUGGAAAAUGUUACAUUUUUUACAAUCGUCAACCCCUUAAUUUCCGCGAUGCUUUAAAUUUCUGCCGAAGCAGAAGCGGCACUCUAGUCGACGAAAGUAAUCCUGCCUUACAAGGAUUUAUAAGUUGGGAAUUAUGGAGACGUCAUAGGAGUGAUACCAGUAGUCAGUAUUGGAUGGGUGCUGUUAGAGAUCCACAAGAUCGGAGCAAUUGGAAAUGGCUCGACGGAGAAGACGUCACCGUUUCUUUUUGGAAUUUACCCGGAGGAAACGAAGAUUGUGCUCGUUACGAUGGUUCCAAGGGUUGGCUCUGGUCAGAUACCAACUGUAAUGCGAAUCUUAAUUUUAUUUGCCAACAUCAACCGAAAUCUUGUGGUAAACCUGAACAACCACCUAAUUCAACAAUGGUCGCAAAGAAUUUUAAUGUCGGUGCAACGGUAGACUACGAAUGCGACGAAGGACAUCUUUUAAUCGGUCCUGCAUCACGUCUUUGUCUUCCGACAGGAUUUUACAAUGAAUUUCCGCCUGUUUGUAAAAGAGUGACGUGUGGAUUUCCCGCUGGAAUAAACAAUGGCGGUUAUAAACUUUUAAACGGAACCGUAAGUUAUUUAAGUCACGUUUUAUACGCUUGCGACGAAGGAUAUGACAUGGUCGGCAGAGCUCGUCUCGUAUGCGACAUAGACGAAAGGUGGAACGGUCCUCCUCCGCGUUGCGAACCCAUACUUUGCGAACCACCGCCGGAAAUCGAAAACGGAGAAUUUUUCAUGAGCAAUAACAUAUCCAUCGCCGGCACGGUCGUCGAAUAUUCUUGCAAUUCGAGAAAAUUCAAACUCGUGGGAUCGAAAAAAAUUGUUUGUUUACCCAUCGGUCAAUACGACAAACCGCCACCGAGUUGUAAAGAAGAAUCUACGAGACCGAUCGGAAUCGUCGGCGUACCCAAUAAACCAACAUCAAAAGCGACCGUGAGACCUCCUCGACUUCCGCUCGCAACUCAACCUCCUCUUUCUCAACCUCCUAAAACGGAUCGGGAAUACGAGGGUAUUGUUCGAAGGCCUACUAAAAUACCGACGUCGGGUACUUUCGUAACCACCGAAAAAUCACACUUUUCCCCAACUCUCAGAACAUCAUCAACGAAACCUUCUGAAACGAAAAAUAAUCCUCACGUGACCGCUGGUCAUCCUCAAGAGAACGAAAUUCCAGACAGUGUCAACAUUCGUUCCGAUGUACAAUCGAACGUUAACAUUCCAUCAUCGGUAGAAGAAGACAGGAGAGAAACCGCGGGUGCUAGACUUAAUUUAGGUGCCAUCAUAUCAUUAGGAGUUUUCGGUGGAUUCGUUUUCUUAGCAGCCGUGGUAACAACAAUCGUCAUACUAAUAAGAAGAAAUCGUAGUGCCACUACUCAUUAUCGCCACCGUGCUUCUCCCGAUUGCAACACCGUAGCAUCCUACGAUUCUUCGAGUUCCGAAAGUCACGGAGGAUUAAAUCGUUACUAUAGGCAAGCUUGGGAAAAUUUACACUCGACGACGACGAGUGGAAAAGGAGGUGCGAAACCCAAUUACAGACGUAAAGAACCUACGAACGACACGAUGGCAUAUUCGUCGAAGGGACGUAGAAUGAGCGACGGCAUGAGAGACGGAAGCGAAAUCGUCGUCAACGAAGUGACUUCCGUCAAACCAUCCGGAUUCGUCGAUAAAAAAAGACAUCAUCACCAUCAUCAUCAUCAUCAUCAGCAUAAUCAACAUUCGAAUUCGAAAGAUGAUUGGAGACAACAGGGUCCCCCGAGAUCGACUCCUCAACACAAAAGAUAUUGA